AUGGGUCUUGGUGCAGUCAUGACAGAGUUCUGGCUGAAGGGUUGUGUGGUGGGCAAGGAUCAGGGCGAGAGGCAGGGGGAGGAGCAGGACGAGGAACAGGGCGAGGAGCAGGGCGACGAGCAGGACGAGGAGCAAGACGAGAAGCGGGACGAGGAGAGGGGCGAGAACCAGGACGAGGAGCGGGACGAGGAGCGGGGCGAGGAGCAAGGCGAGGAGCAGAACGAGGAGCAGGACGACGAGCGGGACGAGGAACAGGGCGAAGAGCAGGGCGAGGAGCAGGACGAGGAGCCGGUCAGUGGGUAUUCUACCAGAGGCUUCUGGCUCUGA